UUUAAAUUUGUAUGGCUUUGGAAUUCCGAUCAUAAAUUUCGAUAAACAAGGAUUGACUUGAAUAAAUUUCGAAUUAUUAUUAUUAUCUUCUUUACAAACUGAAAGAUGUCGUGGAGUGUGAUUUUAAAUACAAGCAAAACAAAAACACCAUUUCUUGAGUCAAUUCGUUAUGCGAGUAAAAAGACAGGAGGCAGUACGAAGAACACGAAUUGUAAAGUCAGACCAAAGCACAGAGGCUGGAAAGUGCAAGAUGGCCAUAAUGUGACCGCUGGGCAUAUAUUAGCCACACAACUUACAACCCGAUUUCUUCCUGGAUUAAAUGUGGGUUUUGGAAGAAAUGGUACCCUAUUCGCUAUUGAGGCAGGCAAGGUUAUUGUAACAUGUGAGAAAUUCGACCCCAACUGGGAGCACACAUGGGUAAAAAGAAUAUAUGCAGGCAGGGAGCAACAUACCAUAUUUAAGAAGUAUUUCAAUGUUAUACCGGAACCACAGCACAAUAGGUUUAAACUGAUUGAUGAAGUAUAAUUGGACAGAUAUAUAUUUAGUGUAGUGAUUAUUCUAUUAAUAUAGUUUAAAGUUAAAUUAAUA